AUGGCUGAACAGCAAGCCCUCUCCACAACAGUGAGAAAUUUGGAGCGUCAAAUGGGACAGCUUGCUAGUGCUCAAAACACUAGACCAGUUGGAGCUCUUCCAAGUGACGCUGAAACCAAUCCUAGUGCGACCCUUAAUGCCGUAUCGUUGAGGAAUGGGAGACAACUAGAGGAAGUUCUAUCUAAAAAGAGGAAACAGAUAACUUUUAAUGAGAUGCCAGCGGUUGUAGAAUCAACAUCAGAGAAAGCCAAGGAGCCAGAGAAGCCAGCUAGAGAGGCGGUGGCUGAGCAAUCCCCACAAUUGGUUGCAAGGCCACCACCUCCAUUCCCUCAAAGACUGCAGAAAUUACGAGAUAAUGCCACAUAUAAAAAGUUUCUUGAUAUCUUGAAGCAGGUACAAAUUAAUAUUCCAUUGGUUGACAUCUUACAAGAAGUACCUAAAUAUGCAAAAUACAUCAAGGACAUUGUGGCAAAUAAAAGGAGGCUGACCGAGUUCGAGACUGUGGCACUCGCUGAGGAGUGCAGUUCCAGAAUUCAAGGAGAGUUACCUCAGAAAUUGAAGGAUCCAGGUAGUUUCACUAUCCAGAUCACGAUUGGUAAACAUGCUGUUGGACAGUUGGGGUUGGGUGAACCAUGCCCAACAACAGUUAUCUUACAGUUAGCUGACCGCUCCCUUGCUCAUCCUGAGGGAGUGAUUGAAGAUGUGCUAGUGCAAGUGGGGUCUUUCAUAUUCCCAGCUGAUUUCAUCAUCCUGGAUUACGAGCCUGAUCAGGAAGUCCCAUUUAUUUUGGGGCGUCCAUUCUUAGCCACGGGCCGAGCUAUUAUUGAUGUUUGUGAAGGAAAGACGACGAUGAGAGUGGGUGACCGGGUGGAGGUCUUCAAUGUUUAUAGAGCACUCAAGUUACCAGCCCAUUAUGAAGAGUUAUCCAUGAUCUCUGUGGUGGAAGGUGAUGCCACAUUGUUAGUACCCUAUAUGAGCCCUGCAGAUCCUGUUGAGCGAGUAUUGAUUGGGGACGUAGAAAAUAGUGAAGAUGAAAGGAUGGGAGAAAUUGAGCAAGUGCUGGAUAUGUCAUGCAGUUAUGUACAUGGG